AUGCAUCGUGUGGACGCCCUUUUAUCAACCACGCACCACCCUACACUCAACCUACGGCAUGCAGGGGACUUUGGAGGGGAGCGGGUGGGUGCAGCAGGUGGCGGUGGUGGUGAGAGCCAUGAUGGGGGCUGUAGGCGCGCAGGGGACUUUGGAGAGGAGCAGGUGCAGCUGGUGCGGCAGGUGGCGGCAGUGAAGGCCAUGAUGGGCGCUGUGGGCGCGCAGGUGGAGGUGGCAGUCAUCCUCGGCAACCAUGACGCCUGGUUCCACAUGUUCAGAAAAGAGAGUGCGCCACUGGUGGACGCAGUGGAUAAGCUCACUCAGCAGCUUGAAGCCCUAGGCAGUUUACACGUGGGGUACGGGCGGGUGGACCUCCCCCAGUGGCGCCUGUCCAUCGUGGGAGCGCGCCCCUUCUCCUACGGCCCCUCCAGCUGGGCUAAGAGCUUCUACCGCGCCAGAGGUUCCAAGGUGCAGAGAGGUUCCAAGGUGCAGAGAGGUUCCAAGGUGCAGAGAGGUUCCAAGGUGCAGAGAGGUUCCAAGGUGCAGAGAGGUUCCAAGGUGCAGAGAGGUUCCAAGGCUCAGAGAGGUUCCAAGGUGCAGAGAGGUUCCAAGGUGCAGAGAGGUUCCAAGGUGCAGAGAGGUUCCAAGGUGCAGAGAGGUUCCAAGGUCCAGAGAGUUUCCAAGGUGCAGAGAGGUUCCAAGGUGCAGAGAGGUUCCAAGGUGCAGAGAGGUUCCAAGGUGCAGAGAGGUUCCAAGGUGCAGAGAGGUUCCAAAGUGCAGAGAGGUUCCAAGGUGCAGAGAGGUUCCAAGGUGCAGAGAGGUUCCAAGGUGCAGAGAGGUUCCAAGGUGCAGAGAGGUUCCAAGGUGCAGAGAGGUUCCAAGGUGCAGAGAGGUUCCAAGGUUCAGAGAGGUUCCAAGGUGCAGAGAGGUUCCAAGGUGCAGAGAGGUUCCAAGGUGCAGAGAGGUUCCAAGGUGCCGAGAGGUUCCAAGGUGCAGAGAGGUUCCAAGGUGCAGAGAGGUUCCAAGGUGCAGAGAGGUUCCAAGGUGCAGAGAGGUUCCAAGGUGCAGAGGUUCCAAGGUGCAGAGAGGUUCCAAGGUGCAGAGAGGUUCCAAGGUGCAGAGAGGUUCCAAGGUGCAGAGAGAUUCCAAGGUGCAGAGAGAUUCCAAGGUGCAGACUACAGAGAGGUUACAGUGGGGAACGCAGGGAGGAGGUGUGGAGUGCGCACCAUGAACGCCAGCACGGCAAAGAUCACAGAGACCAUCCGAGCAGCACCGGAGUCCCACAGCGUUGUCGUUCUCGCACACAAUGGGCCUGCAGGCCUGGGCUCCCACCCGUGGGACAUAUGUGGCAAGGACUUCCCCUCCAAGGGGCUGCCACCGGGGGGCGACUUCGGGGAUGAAGAUCUAUCCAGCGCUGUUACAGCAUCGCUGGAAGACGGGCGGCACAUCCCACUGGUGGUGUUUGGCCACAUGCACCGCGACCUCUUCCCCUUCAACUACCGCUCGCGCUCCAACCGCCUCACCACCCCUCACAUCGCACCCACGCGGCAAGGGGAGGUUGUCACCCAGCGCCGCAUGGCUGCUGUUCUGCUGCACCUUGCCUCUCCGCUGCCCACCUCUGCCACCUCCCCUCUAGCCGCUGCCACUCCCCAUCCUGUACUCUCUAUGCCUGUUGCUGGUAGCGCGCCUCUUGUUGCUCCCUCCAAUAGUUCUGACAGCACCCACACCACCGCCCAUGCCAGCAGCCACACCGUGUUUCUCAACGCAGCAGUUGUGCCUCGGAUAGUCUCUCUUGACGAGGAGCAUUUCACCCGAACCUCUGGGCCAGGCUUGGCAGUCUACCCCGCUCUUGGUUCGGAGCCGCUUGACCCAACACCAAGGCUAUUACCGCCGUACUGGAAAGGAAUGGGAGGGAAUUGGGGAGCAGGCGGAGAAGAAGCGGACUGUGGGGCGGAGGGUGUGUCUGCAGGAGUGUGUAGAGGGAUGGAAGGGUUAGGGAUGGGUGCUGCGAGGGAUGAGAAGGGAGGGAGAGAGGUGCAGGUGGAGGCACAAGCAGGUCGUGUGGGAGGUGGCGCCUCACCUGCUGAGAUGGUAUCACAACGAGUGGAGGACGCGCUUCCAGUGGCUGGUGUGGGGGAUGGAGAUGGGGAGUUGCGUGGGGAAGUGUGUGGGGAGGGGUGUGGUGAGAAAGGAAGAGGGGAAACAGGAGGGGCAGCAGAAGCAGUGGUAUGGGAGGAUGAGGUGCGGUGGGAGGGGGUGGAUGGUGUUGCGGUGGAAGGAGGCGUGGGGGAGAGGGAUGCGGGUGCAGCCCCGUCGCUGCACCACUUUGUGCUGGCUCACCUGGCGGUGCAGGGAGCAGUGGAGCAGGGACAGGCAAAUCAGGGUCCAGUGGGGCAGGGCUCAUUGGGACAGGAAUCUGUGCCACCUGCAUUGGCUGACUCUGUGGCGGCAGCUCUUGCUGACGGUGACUGGGAAGGGCAGUAUGUGGAUGGUGGGGCAGGCCGGUGGGUGUGUGUGGGGGCAGAGGACGUGUGGGUGAAGGUGGAUGAGCGGACGGGCAGUGGUGGGAGGAGGGGAGUGGUGGCAUGCUUGCACAGGAAAGACGGGAGGUGA